UUCGACUAAAAGUUUCAUCAAGUUUGAUCAAAAUAUACCUUCAAAUCUUGAUUUCUUUGUCAAUGCAUGGUUCCAUUUUGUUGGUAGCAUUGUUAGUGACUCACAUGAGAAGUACUUAGCUGAUGUACUAAUGGCGUCUUUUCUGCGAGUCAUUGUUCUGUCAUGGGCAUUUACUGUUGCGUGGUUUACACUGUGGAUGUUGAUGCUAUACUUGACGAAAGAGAUGAAGCUCAAGUUCACGGACGCAGCUGCAAUAGUAAACGUGUUUGCUGGUGUAUCAGCCGUUGGUCAUCUUGGCAUGCAGUUUCUUGUUGACUCCUUUAUUGGUCACUUCUGGAUGCUCUGCCUCUCUACUUUAGCUUUCAGUUUCGGCUUCGGUUUCUUGGCAAUAUCAGCGUCACCAAUACUUUCUGGUGGAGGAGAAAAGGGUUUGUUCUACGUAGCGUUAACUGUUAUAUCCGUUGGUAUAUUUGGACGGUCCAUCUCAUUGGGAGUGUUUACAGAAGACCAGCUAGAAGACAGUGUGAACAAGGGAAACCCGGAAAUGCUCACUAGCUUUGUCAUUGGAAACGUAGGGAACUUUGUAUUCCCUUUGCUUGCUGCUAUUGCGAUUCCUCAGAUAAGUCCGUGGUUCGUAAGAUUCGCCAUCCCAGCUUGCUGUGAGGUUAUAGUAAUGCUGGUUUUUCUGACCGGUGCUUAUUCAUACAAACGAGAAGAACCAGGUGGGAGCCCUUUGACGAUGGUUCUCCGGGUCUUUGCGGCUUCUGCUUCCAAAAUCUCUUGUGGAUACUCCAACAACUCAACCCAGCUCUAUGAACAUACCGAGUGUGAUCUUGAUAUGAAGCCCCACACAAAUAGCUUGAGGUUCUUGGACAGAGCUGCGAUGAUACUCCAAACCGAGCCCUUGGAGAAACAGAGGAAAAACAGAUGGAGGCUUUGUACGGUGACAGAAGUGGAGCAGACCAAAAGCGUAAUACGCACGUUUCCUUUGUUCACGACAUCUCUCAUUUCCGGGAUUGUCUUCUCCCUCGGUAACACAUUCUUCCUCGAACAAGCAAACAAUUUAGACUCAAAGUUCGGAUCAUGGAAUCUCCCUCUCCCACUCCUCUUACUAUUUAGUGAGGCUGCAAGGUUAGGAUCACGAGAACUAUGCGUCCGGGCUGCAAAACGCAACGGCCUUGACAUUGAAUCGCCAAAACAAACCAAAACGCCAUAUGGUAUACCAGUCUCCAUCAUCCUAUCGAUAUUCUGCUGCGCCAUUGCUGCACACGUUGAGUCCAGGAGGCUCAAAGUGGUUACAACUCAAGGGUUGGUACAUGAAACCGUCCCCAUGAGUGUUUUCUGGCUGCUCCCACAGUACAUUCUGCUCGGGACGAUCACUGGAAUCUACGAAAACAGCUUUGCGAUUUACCUAGAAGAAACAGUCACUCAAGAGUUGAGCCAAUACAUGGUUCUGUUUAACGUGGGCGUGUGCGGGGUCGGGAUCAUGAGCAACAUCGCUCUUGUUAGUGUAGUGGGAAGAGUAAGCGGGGGCAAAUGGUUUCAAGACACGUUAGAUAAGAGCCGGUUGGAUAAUUAUUACUGGGUGUUAACAGUUUUGAGCAUGUUCAAUCUCUUGUUAUAUUUCUCUGUCACUUAUAGGUACACUAUGUGCUACAAGAAAGAGGGUGCAACACAAGAAAAUGAUCGAUAAACAAUCGCUUUUUGUGUACUUGUUUGUUCCCAUGAUUUCAAUUGUAUGUACCGAUAGG